UUAAAUUUGAUUUUCUUCAUUUCUAGUCAUGUUUACAUCUAAAUUCAAUUGUUUUCAAAUUCAAACAACUUGUGACCACACCAAGGAAACAAAACUACAGAAACAUUUAAGAGAAAGAAAUCAACAACUUCUAGAGAAAUGUUUUAAUAUUAGAAUAGAACAGCCCCAAAAGGAACAACAAAAUUCAAACAAUGAUAAGUCACCGCAGCAACCAACCAUAAGGGAAACUUAUGAGCAAAAAGCUUAUAAUAGUACAAAAAAGGAUUUAAAGCAGUCGGACGUAAAAGAAAUAAACAAUCCUGUGUCCAAGUCACAAACUAUGAAUCCUAUAAAAUCAGCGUCUUCUUCUGGAAACAAAACCAAACAAAGGCCUCAAAGCGCCCCAAAUCGUUCCUUUAAUUCCACCGGUUUAAAACCUUUGAACAACACACCACAAUCAGCGCGACUGCCUCCUGCUACAAAUUGGAAAUCUCCAUUUAAUAGCUUCAUAACAAAAGGAACACAUUUCCGUUUAACUUCUCACUCUCAGCAAGCAUCAUCAGAAUUUGCCUAUGACCUGUCUCGUGAUGAACUUAAAUUUGUAGGAAAAUUUUCCAGACCCAUGAAACCAUUGCCGGAAGCUGAACGUCAAUUACUUAAAAAUGGUCAGAGGAAAGAAUAUUUAACACAAAGAUAUGAACAUUCUCCAGUAAUAAAAUAUAACUAUCCGGAAGCAACUUCUUGGCGCAUUGGAUGGUUGCAGCAAAUUCAAUAACAUUUUGAAAUCUGUAAAAAAGUUUAAAAUUGAAAUUUAAUGUUAGCUACAUAUAAUUUAAAAUAAAGAUUUUUUUGUAAAAGAAAUUAAA